GAGAGAGAGAUUCUGCACAAAGGAGGGGAUUGAUUGUAUGAGAAGGACUGUGUUCUUCUGUUUCUUAUGAUUUUCUUUCCUUUGUGAGCAUUAUUGCUUGUUUUCUUCUUGUUUUUUAAAUUUUUUCUCAACAGUACUGUUUCAUGGUUUGGACCAGAGGACAAUGAAGCUGGAGGCCCCAGGAUCAUUUGAAGAUGUUGCUGUGUCUUUCUCAGAAGAAGAAUGGAUGAUGUUAACCAGUGAAGAGAGGGUACUUCACAGGGAAGUGAUGGUAGAGAAUUAUGAAAACAUGUUGUCAGUAGGGUACAGUAUUUCAAUGGAAGAACUCCUCCUCCUGAUUGAUAAAAAAGAUACUACAAAGCAGAAGCAUCCCACUGAAGAUCUCUCCAUCUGCAGGAAAUUCACAUUCAAGGAGACUGAAAAACAGCAACCAUUGCUUGAAGACCAGCAGUGGAAAAAUGAUGUAAAGAAACCUCAUCACUAUAAUUCACAGAUGAAGAGUUUAUGUGAUGGUCAGCUCAGAGCAGCACAGCAGUGGAGUUAUAAGGGAAAUGAACCAUUACAUUUUAUGAAACAUGAGAGUAGUUUAAAUGCAAGUAAAUACAAUGAGUGCAGUUUUGCUGUAAAAUACACAACUCAAGCACAUGAAAUUCCUCAAAAUGUAUGCAAAUCUGUACAAAGUUGUAGGUGUUAUGGUGCUAGCUAUAUAUGUUCUGGAUGCACUGUGGAUUUUCAACACAGUAAUUCCUUAAGACUGUUUCAGGGACUUCAGUCUGGGGAGAAACCAUUUAAAAGUUCUCAGCCUGUUGGGGGUUUUUGCCACAAACAUACCUUAAGUGUACUUGAACAGAUUAAUUCUGGAAAUAGACUGUAUAAAUGUUUUGAAUGCUGUAAAAGCUUCUGUAGCAAGUCUGUGCUGAAUAUUCAUCAGGCAGUGCACUCUGGAAUAUAUCGUAAUUUAGGAAUGGCCUCUGGUCCUCACACAACAUUAAACAACCCUAAACACGUGAAGAAAUUAAAGCAGAGAAAAGAACCAUAUAGAUGUUCUGAAUGUAACAAGGCUUUUAGAAAAAAGGUUUGCUUGCUGAAUCACCAGUUGGUUCAUUCUGGUCAGAAACCAUUUAAAUGUUCUGAAUGUGAUAAGAGUUAUUGCAGCAAGUUUCACCUGACUAUCCAUCAGCGAACACACUCUGGAGAGCGGCCAUAUAAAUGUCCUGAAUGUAGCAAAAGUUUUAGUAACAAGAGAUGUCUGACAAGUCACCUGAAUAUUCACUCUGGAGAGAAACCAUUCAAAUGUUCUGAAUGUAGUAAGAGUUUUUCUAGCAAAUUUAAGUUGACUGUCCAUCAACGAGUACAUUCUGGGGAACGACCAUAUAAGUGUACUGAAUGUAAUAAGACGUUUAGCAAUAAGACUUGUUUGAUAAGUCACCAAGAUGUUCAUUCUACAGAGAAACCAUUCAGAUGUUCUGAAUGCAAUAAGAGUUACCGCAGAAAGGCUGGACUGGAAAUGCAUCAGCGAAUGCACACUGGAGAGCGACCAUAUAAAUGUUCUGAAUGUGACCAGACUUUCAGCAAAAGAUUUUGCUUGAUAAGUCACCAGAUGGUUCACUCAGGUCAGAAAGCAUUUAAAUGCUCUGAAUGUGAUAAGAGCUAUUGCAGCAGGUUUCAGCUAACAGUUCAUCAGAGAGUACACACUGGAGAACGACCAUAUAGGUGUUCUGAAUGUAACAAGACUUUUCGCAGUAAGAGUUGCUUGACAGGUCAUCAAAAACUUCACACUGGAGAGAAACCAUUCAAAUGUUCUGAAUGUGACAAGAGUUACAACAAUAGGUUUAAGUUAACUAUCCAUGAACGGAUACACUCUGGAGAGUUGCCAUAUAAAUGUGCAGAAUGUAACAAGUCUUUUAGACAGAAGUAUUGCUUGAUGCGUCACCAGAUGGUUCACUCUGGGAAGAAUGUUUAACUGUCUUGAAUAUAAUAAGACAUUUUUCUACAAGAAUUCUGUUUCAGUACAUCAGUUUAUUCAUACCGAAGGUCCGAAUGGAGAGAUAAAUCAGCAAGAAAAGGAGAGUAGUAUCACUGUACUGCUGGAACUGAAUCCAUCCUCAAGUCUUGGUAGGUACCUUCAUAUGGUGGUGGACCCUGCUUUUACAAAAUCUCUCCAGGACAACACUGAUAUGUAGUCUGAUAUAUUUUAUAUAUCAUUGUGAAAGGUUAAAAAAUUUAAAAAGAAGACUGGGUGCAGAUAUCCCAGGAUAAAAAAGUGCCAACUGCUGAUAAACGCACUGAUGAAAGGACUGGAAAAAAAGGCAGAGUAGGAUCCUUAGGACAUGGAAAUAUUCCUACCAGAAAGUUAGGUCAGGCUUAAAAGGGGGAUGUCCCCUUUUGGCAGGAGGAAGUCAUCCACAAAAAAACACAAAAACUGACAGGCCAUAAAAGAGGCAUAGAAAUGACAAAGUCGACUGUUGAGGUUAAAGAAGAAUGUAUGUAUUGUUGUUAUGCAAGAAUCCCAGAAUUUCCAGACAAAGGAUUUGUGGAAAGAUUAAGAAAGAAAUUAGUGGAAAGAAAAAUACUGGCACAUGAAAAUCUGUCAAAA